AUGGCAUUAAAACGUAUCAAUAAAGAAUUACUUGAACUUGAAAAAGACCCACCAGCUAAUUGUAGCGCUGGUCCUGUUAAUGACGAUAUGUUUCAUUGGCAGGCAACUAUAAUGGGACCGGGUGAUAGUCCAUUCCAAGGUGGUGUAUUUUUUCUUUCGAUCCAUUUCCCGGCCGAUUAUCCAUUUAAACCACCAAAAAUCACAUUUACAACAAAAAUUUUUCAUCCAAAUAUUAAUUCAAAUGGAGCUAUAUGUCUUGAUAUUCUUCGUUCACAAUGGUCACCGGCAUUAACUAUUUCUAAAGUGUUAUUAUCAAUUUGUUCACUACUUUGCGAUCCAAAUCCUGAUGACCCAUUGGUACCUGAUAUUGCUCGUACAUAUAAAACGGAUAAGGAGAAAUAUAAUGCUACGGCGCGACAGUGGACUCAAAAAUAUGCCAUGUAA